GCAGUGAAAUUAAGGCAGCCCAUUUUGUUCCAGGACAAUAUGUAGAUUUACAAGCACCAUCGUCUGCCUGCAUCACAUGGGACUUCAAAACUCAUCGAUCAGCUGGUUCUACAGGUCAAAAUCAG